UAGCAUGCCGUCACAGCAAGGGAUUCUGGGAGCACUGCAGCAGCUGGAGGGCCGCAUGUUGAAUACCCCUGAUCUAUAUACAUCCGCCUGAGCGGCAGCAGCAGCAGCACAGAGGGGGGAGAUACAAUUCUGCUGCUGCUGCUGUGGGGAGUGUCGUAUCGUCAUGGUGACGGUGUUCUGUGUACACCCGGAGACACGCCCCUAGCAGGGAGACACAGAGCGGGGACUGACAGCAGCCAAGGUCCCGGGAUUGACGUCAGACAUCCGCCCUCCAAACGCCUGGACACGCCUGCGUCCGGAUUUCCAUGCCCGGAAAAUGACCCAUGGGAGGCCUCACAGUCCGAUACACCACAUCAACACUCUCGGCAUAAAUCUCAGCUCGGCCAAGAGAGGACAAUCCUUCAGUGCCUGGAGACUGAGGGAAGAUAAGUCAAGACUGGAACACCCUAAGUCCAUCGGACCACCACCUUGACAGGGUAUAUACUAUAUAACGCCAGGCAGGGUGGUUGCCCUCUGCCCACCAGCUUGGUGCCUACUGAUCUGUAGGAGAGCAUAUCUGGGCCAUGGAAAGCAGAAACAGCAAAGAGCAGACGGGCGACAAUGCCAGGAUCACCUCGGAGAUGCUGAAGUCUCGGACUGGCAAGUUUGACCUGGAGUCCAUCCUCUUCCUGAAGCUGCGUGGCCUGGGCCUGCAGGAGCUGGGCUGUAUAGGCGAGUGCCUGAAUCUGGAGCGCUUGGACCUGUCCAACAACCACAUCACCCACCUGGCUCCCCUGUCCUCCCUGAAGCUGAUGGUGGCUCUGAACUUGUCCUGUAACCGGAUCUCCUCGCUGGAGCCCCUGGCAUCCUGUGACAGCCUGCAGGUCCUGAACGUGGCCGGGAAUCUUCUGUGCAGCGCUGACAGCUUGCACUGCCUAAAGGGUCUCCGUAGACUGGAGAGCAUCCGCCUGCGGGAUCCAGUAUACAACCUGGGCAACCCUCUCUGUGCCAACGCCUCGUACAGACACGCCGUCCUGGACACCAUCCCUAGCGUCCGAGUGAUUGAUGGCGAAAGGGUGACCGGCUGUGGCAGUGACCUCUACCACCUGUGCAAGGACAUUGAUAGUUCCUUAAAGAGGUCUAUCAGCAGUGGUGCUGUGGAGCUCGCAGGGUCCAUCAAACCUUGGCUGGAAGAAGGAUACUGGGACCUGAAGCCAACUCACAGCUCUAUCAUGAAGGAGACCUACAAGCAGUUUAAUGACGUUCUGCGGGAGUGUAAGGAACUGAGCAAGAGAGCGGAUGACGCCAUCGCGCAGGCGGAGAGAGCUCUCAGCAUUAGAAAUGACACCAACUCCUAUGUGUUCUGAGCACCCCUCACCCCCUGUAUUCUGGAACUGGCUACUGGUCUCUCCAAGGUGGACAGUACGGAGUCCCCAAGUGACUGGCUCUGUACCUGCUGGACUGUCUACCCCUAAUCUCCUGCCUGACCCCCUGUAUUCUGGAACUUGUUUAUGGUCUCUCCAAGGUGGACUGUACGGAGUCCCCAAGUGACUGGCUCUGUACCUGCUGGACUGUCUACCCAUAAUCUCCUGCCUGACCCCCUGUAUUCUGGAACUGGCUUCUGGUCUCUCCAAGGUGGACAGUACGGAGUCCCCAAGUGACUGGCUCUGUACCUGCUGGACUGUCUACCCCUAAUCUCCUGCCUGACCCCCUGUAUUCUGGAACUGGCUUAUGGUCUCUCCAAGGUGGACAGUACGGAGUCCCCAAGUGACUGGCUCUGUACCUGCUGGACUGUCUACCCCUAAUCUCCUGCCUGACCCCCUGUAUUCUGGAACUGGCUUAUGGUCUCUCCAAGACUGACCGUGCGGAGUCCCCAAGUGACUGGCUCUGUACCUGCUGGACUGUCUACCCCUAAUCUCCUGCCUGAGCCCCUGUACUCUGGAACUAGCUUAUGGUCUCUCAACGCGGCACAGUAGGAAGUGGAGACACUAUAGUGUGGCAUAGUAUGACCUGGGGCACUGUAAUGAGGCACAGUAUGAAAUGGAGGCACUAUAGUGUGGCAUAGUAUGGCCUGGGGCACUGUAAUGAGGCACAGUAUGAAAUGGAGGCACUAUAGUGUGACAUAGUAUGACCUGGGGCACCGUAAUGAGGCACAGUAUGAAAUGGAGGCACUAUAGUGUGGCAUAGUAUGGCCUGGGGCACUGUAAUGAGGCACAGUAUGAAAUGGAGGCACUAUAGUGUGGCAUAGUAUGGCCUGAGGCACUGUAAUGAGG